UCUCUGAACAGAGUGAACUCUGAACUUCGAAGUUCUUCAAGUUUACAAUUUUUCGGAUGUAAAUUGUGAUAAAAAAUACCACACCUCUCGUUGAUAUUUACAUAUCUAUUUCUAAUCAAUAUGGAAUCGUGUUCAGUUGGCAAAGAGUUGGGUUUUCAAAAAAUGCAUUAAUACAAUCAAAAGGACACGUCCUGACGUCCAUAUAUUUUAAGACUUAUCGCAGGUCCAGGUUCCCUCGACAUGAAACUCAUGCUGGUAUUCGAGAAAGAACAGUUGAAAAAAUGCAUUUCGACAUUCGCGAUUUCCACCUUUCUUGUUGGGGGAUUUUUAGGCAUUUACAGCCGUUGGGAACACCACAUUUCGGACGCGAGUUUUGAAAUAUUUGCAGCGGUUGCUGCUCUCUUCUACAUAACGGCUUUCAUAUUGUACUUGUUAAAUCGCGUGGAGCUGGCAAAUGCUUUUGUAAAUCUGUUCACCGGAAUAAUCUUCAGCGUUUUGACGUUCACUUCGGUCGCGUACGAUCAUCUUUUCGUGUCUGCUCGAGACUUAGAUAUCGUGGAUAUGUUUCUCAUCGGAAGUACAUGGGUCUAUUGCUGUGGCACUUUAUUGGACAGAAUACAAGACUACAGUAAAGUGGAGUUUCAUUUGAUCACUGUUCGAGAAGUGCUGCUCUUGGCGGGAUUUCUCCUUGGCAGCGUUGUCUCUGAACAUGGUUGGUCAAUUUCACUUUUGGUCCUGGCAGUUGCAUGCAACCUUGUUGCAGUUCACCUGAAAUCCUCCUUAUCAUUGGCCAAUGCUGUAAUGACCAGUGUUCUGGUGGCUGUUGAGUUUUUCCCAGCAAUCAAGGUCCAAUACAAUCCAUACUGCCUGGCAGCUUUUGCAGUUUGGCUCUCUUUCGAGGGCAUUAUAGACUUGUACUUUUCUAAGUAUUCCACUGUUGACUGGUGGAAAGGCUUUUUAACAUGUGGCAAAUGGGUACGGAAGUUCAUGGUUCUAAUUGUAUUGUUGAUGGAGUGUGUUUAUGUGUCAUUUGCUAUUCAUGUCAUAUGGAAUCACCAUAGAGCAGUUGUGAUGGUACCCAUAUUCUGUGCUUUCUUGUGUUUCUGGUUUGUCGGCCACUUAGUUUUACUGGUGGAUUGCUGGGGUUUCAUAAUUAAAAUUGAGGAAUGUGCUCAGACAUUGCCACAAGAGUUUGAAAUGAACACAAUGUUGGAUGUUCUUGCUUCACGUGGUGUUCGUCACUUUUGUCUAGUUUCAAAAUUCAUCAUACUUAUCACCAUGAUGACAACAGUGUUGCUUGCUAUACCAACUUGGCAAGUUGCCAAUGCUUGGUUCAUCAGUGCCUUUCUUGUUGUCAUGCCGAUAGAGUCAAUGGUGUACAGUGUAUUAUCAAGCCUUGGUAAAUGUUUGGGUGGGACUGCUAUCGGUUAUGCAAUAGUUAUACCAAGCUUCAACUAUAAGAUGCCAGAAGGUCUUGUGGUUGCCAUUCCGGAAACUAUUUACCAAGGUGCCAACCGAGUUGCAAUGGAACUGAUCAACUUAUUAUCAAGGUUUUUCAGUGAGCUUGUUGUGCAUAGUUUUGGUACUGAGCUUUCUACCAGUGGCAUUACUAUACAAUCUUUAGAAUCCAAACUCCAGGCCUUUUUUAACCAGUGUGUUUUACCUGGCUUAUCUUAUGAUACAUACUUGCUGUACUACAGCGGUCCUGUACAUGAUAAUGGUGAUUGGGCUUUGAUGGAAAACAAUUCUUUUUCAUUUAUGCAACUUUUGAGUAACUGGGAAAAGACCAAUGCAAGUAAGGGUGCAAGGUUGAUGUUAAUAUUAGACACGGAGAAUUCUUACAAAUGGCUUCCAGAAGUGAAAAAAUCCAAAUUUUUUGUUGGCAUGCAAGUGGGAAUUCCUGGUAAACCAAAGGAUGUGGAAGCCGGAAAAGCUCAAAUUGUUGGAGAACUGACUAAACAUUGGGUGAAUGUCAAUUCACCAAAUCACUGCCUGGAAUCCUUGGCAAGAAUCGCAACAGCAAAAGAAAGUAGAGUUCAACCCGCAUAUGGUGUUUCCAAGUCUUGGUGCAGCUUUAAAUUUCAUGUUCCUUCACAGAAAGACUUCUCAUUGCACAUAGAGGAGAGUUUUCCAGCUAUGGUGCAACCAAUCAUGAGGUUUUUCAACAUGUUUCCUGAAAUGAAUGACUUAUUUUGUUGUUGUGAAAGAAGUGUUGCCAUGGUUAAAAAUCUCAAGAUGAGAUGGCUGCCACCAUUGAUGCUUGAUACUGGCCAUGGAUUUAAACUGAUGAGUACUAUACACAACCAAGAGAUGUCAAUUAUGUAACCAGAACUAUGCAAUAAGUAAUGUGAGCUUACCUGCCACUGGCAACUAAAAAAGUGAUGAAACUUUGGUACUUCAAAAUACCAAACCGCUGGUUGAAUUUAACAUUGCAAAAAAGAAUGUGCCACAGAGUUGUUUCAAAUGUUGUACAAAUUAGGUUUUACUAUACUUAUUUAAAUAUGUAUUUGUUAUCACUGUUUAAAAGUCCCACAGUGAUUAGUGCAACUAAAAAUAAAUGAUUAUGUAAAUAUUUAAACAUGCAAGUAUAAAUAAUUUACUUAUUGAAAGUGAACAUAAAUUGAGCAUGUCGAAUCCAUCCAA